AUGCCAGGGCCUUCGUUCAAACAAGGCUGCAGUCUUUGCAACGCCCAGGCCACUGCCGUUCUCACUGGGUUGCCACCCACGUUCACUCACUGCGGUCGCCACAACAAUGCUGAGAUUGCCAGUUUCUAUACCGCCGUGUCCACAGUCAUUAUGAACCAGAACAUCGCAGCUGCUACUUCCACACAAACUGGAUCGUCCGUUCCCGGAGCAGCAUCUACAACAGCACCAGUGUCCUCCUCGAAUGCAGAGCCACGCCAGCCGGAUGUGCCGUCUAGAUCGACAACUGAAGAUGUUCUGAGCGACCAAGAUGCUUCCCCAGCUCAUCAGGCAGAAGAACAUCUCCCUGGCCUCAUGAUGACAAGCUACGAGGUUGCUCGCACGAUGGCUCAUCUCGACGUGGCGCGGUUGAGUGUGCACUACGCGAACGACAGCAUGCGAAGAAUUUGCCUAGACAUCUUCCCAGCAGACGAGAUCUUGCCGCAGCUGCCUGGGCUGAGCGAGUCUCUCGCGAAGAUGAGAGAGUGGAUGAUUGCAUUGAGGAAGGCCAACCUAGGCGAGGAGGCUAGCACACCGGCCGGAGACGGUAAGAGACGCAAAGGAAAGGGGCGAGCAAGAGAGGCGACGGAAGGAACGGCGGGUGUGACGCUUGCGCAGUCACAGCAAGCUCUUGCGCAGGGAACGGAGCAAGGAGAUGAAGAGGCGGAAGAGGAGGCUGAGACAGUGGUGGAUGAGUAUGAGGUUAGAGAAGAGUGA